GUGGGUUUAACACUGACUGACUGAACUGCCACUCCAGGAGUCACUCUGUUAUCCAUCACAUCUUUGUUUUGUUAUUUCCGGGACAAGCAGAUGAGAGAAGUGAGCACUUUAUAUUGACAGAUGAGAAUAUCUGGAGCCUUGUGAGACAAGCUGAUUGAUAUUUUUGUGUGGGUGGAUAUCAGUUUGUUGGCCAAACGGUCCGCUGGAGAAACGAGGAGUUGCCAUGGAAACUAUUUUGCUCUUCCUCUCCUCACUUCUGGUCUGUGUGGCUGCUGUAGCGGACCCCGCUGCACAGGAUGUGAAGGAGAAAGAAGAAAAUCCAUUUGUUUAUGACUAUGAGAGUCUCAGGAUUGGGGGAUUGGCAUUUGCAGUGGUGCUGUUCACACUGGGCAUUCUGCUCAUCCUCAGUCGGCGGUGCCGCUGCAGUAUCAACCAGAAACCCAUGGCCCCUGGAAAGGAGGAGGUGCAGGAGGAGGACCUGGUUGUCUCCAAGGCUGCAGCAGCCGCCAAAGAGACUCCGGCAGAGAACUGAGGCAACCGCCCGCGGCACCAGACUGCCUUCUGAAACGACGACCACUUUUAAUUUGAUAUUAAGCCACUGUAACAAUGGUGAUAACUCUAACUGGUGAUAAGAUAUAGGGUAUAUAAGGGAGGGAGAGGGUCAUAUGUACAUUAAUCUUGUGCCCUGAAGACAAACCUUUAGCCUGUUGUGCUCCGUUGUGACCGUGCCAGUCCCUCAGUUCUCUCGUCCGUCCCUGCGCCUUCGUGUGACCGUCGCUCACUCCAGUUCUGUUUCUCGCCAGUAGCACCUUAGACUCACGAUUGUCUUUUCAAACCCUAGAAGUGUUUUAAAUGUUGUGUGGUCCGCUGUUCCUUGUUUUGUAAUUCCAUCGCCUUUAGGCUAUAGGAUUUUGACAUUUGGCUGUUUAUUAACUUUCUGUCAGUUCGUCAGGGAUAAUGUUUGUGAGUUUAGAUAUUAACUAUAUCAGUAUAAGCAGUACACAUAUAUAAGUAUACGGUAUAUAUAUAAGUUCAGAUCAUUUAUGAAAAACGUAUGCAGUUGAAUAUCUGUGUUGAGUCUUAUGUUUGAACACUUGAGUGUGCACAUGUGAAUAUUCUGUUUAUCUAUGUUUGUGUGUACAUCACGGGUGCCAGUGUUUCUCUACGUGUAAAUGUGAUGAGCGUUAUAUCCGACAAUCUCAACUGCCGCCGCUCUGGGACUGGAGCACUGGGAUGGUCUGCAGGUUUCUGCACAAGCUCUUCCACUGCAGCGUUUGCAUUGUCUACAGUCGAGGAAGCUCCUGCACCAGCUGUCUCACUGCCUUCUCUACCACACGUCCCCCCCCCCGCCGCCGGCGCCGCCAGGAUUACCCAGUCUCCAGCAGACUGUGAUUAGUUUCCUCACACACACUCACUACUGCCACAAAUCUGUGAAACCAGGGGUCUGUGUCUUUUAACUGUUACAGAGUCUCUCUAAUGUCACGAUGCCUUGAAUGAUCAUGUGUGCAGUGCAGAGUUUCAGAGACACUCCAAAAAAACACACAUGAUAUAUAUGUGACUACAUUAAUAGUAGCCUAAUGUGAGACAAAUCAUAGCGAGAGAAACAAAUAACCAGUCCUGUCAGGUCAGGCUUUCCCCAGUCGUGGGUCUGAGUCCAAUUGUUCUGCUGUACGAGUGCAUGCUAUGAUCAUUCAACACGUGACCACUUGUUGUGUAGCAAACUGUUGUGCUUUUUAGCGUCAAUAAAUAUAAGUAUGUC